AUGUUUAGUGUAUCUGCAUCACCUACUAUAGCCACAUGGUAUGGACCUGCCAAUGGUGCUGGUACUGAUGGUGGAGCAUGUGGAUAUGGUAAUACUGUCGAGUCAAAUUAUGGAAAAUUUGUAACCGCAGUCGGUAAUGGAUUAUUUAAAGGUGGCCAAGAAUGUGGUGCUUGUUAUCAGGUGCAAUGUUCGUCACACCCAGCAUGUUCAAAAAACCCGAUAAAGGUGGUUGUUUCCGAUCAAUGUCCAGGAUGUAAUCCUUUUCAAUUUGAUCUGAGUGGCACCGCAUUUGGAGCCUUAGCAUCUACUGGGAAGGCUGCUGAACUCCGUAAUGCUGGGAAGAUCCAGAUAAAUUACCAACGGGUUCCGUGUCAAUAUGGGCAAAAAAUAAAAUUUGUAGUCGAUAAAGGUUCGAACCCAAAUUACAUAGCCGUAAAUAUAGAGGAAGAAGGUGGAGAUGGCGACCUCAGUAAAGUAGAGAUUAAACAAGGAACGGGCGAGUUUCGAGUUGCACAUCAGAUAUUCGGGGCUACAUGGGGUAUCAACUCCUUGGUACCGGGUCCUUUAUCUAUUCGUCUCACCACAAGCAGUGGACGAUCUGUCAUAGCUAAUAACGUUAUACCAGCUGGUUGGCACCCUGGUGCAACUUAUAUUUCCUCCGUUCAAUUUUAA